UAUUAAUAAAUAAAUAACUCAGAAGACUUCAAAUUCUGCCAGGAGUUGCUCUCAAGUAAAACUCCAUCAAUAAAUCCAAUUAGAAUUCUUGAUAGUUUACUUAUAAAUAACCAUCCAUUCUUCCAAUGUAAAUUAAUUAAGCACCUCCCUUUUCCCCUUAACAAAUUGAUCAACUAUCAAUAUGUCAACCUCAAAGUCCAACCUCUUCAUGGUCGCACUACUACUAGUCUCGAUGACCAUCAUCAACACCAGCGGCGCCAGCGCCGGCACCAACCCAAAGUUCCCUGCCAUUAUCAUCUUUGGUGACUCAACAGUGGAUCCCGGUAACAACAACUAUAUCGACACAAUCUUUAAAGGCAACGUAGCCCCAUAUGGGAUAAACUUUCCAGGCCACGUUCCUACAGGCAGGUUUUCGGAUGGCAAACUUGUUACGGACUUUGUGGCAUCUUCUUUAGGGAUCAAAGAUGCCGUACCGCCUUUCUUGGACCCAAAUCUAUCAGACGAUGACCUCCGCGCCGGUGUUAGCUUUGCCUCUGCUGGUUCCGGAUAUGAUGAUUUAACUACAUUGUUGUCCAAUGUCAUCACGGUUUCAAGGCAAGUUGAGAUGUUUAGAAGCUACAUAGAGAAGCUUAAGGGAAUUGUAGGAGAUGAAGAGGCCAACAACAUCAUUGCUCAGGCUCUGGUGGUAGUCAGUGCAGGAACUAAUGACCUUAUUUUCAAUUUCUUCGAUAUACCAACAAGACGGUUGGAGUUCGACAUUAGCGGUUACCAAAGUUUUCUGCUGCAAAGACUAGAAGACUUUGUUAAGCAAAUAUAUGAUUUGGGAUGUCGAAACAUUGUCGUGGCUGGUUUACCUCCAGUUGGAUGCCUGCCGGUUCAAAUGACCGUCAGACUUGAGAAUCCAAUGAAUCGACAAUGCUUGGAGGAUCAGAACUCAGAUGCGCGAUCUUAUAAUGAGAAGCUGGUGAAAUUGUUGCCUGAAAUACAAGCGGAGGUGCCAAGGUCCAAACUUGUGUAUGCAGACAUUUAUCAGCCAUUGAUGGACAUGAUCAUUCAUCCUCAACAAUAUGGAAUUGUAGAAACAACAGUGGGUUGCUGUGGCACCGGUGUCCUGGGGCUUUCAUUAUUCUGUAACUCGGUGACAUCGGCAUGUGGAAAUCCUUCACAGUAUGUGUUUUGGGAUAGUGUUCAUCCAACCCAACAAGUUUACCGACAACUUGCCAAAUACAUCGUCAAGGAAGUCGUUCCCAAAUUAUUACCAAAUUAA